AUGUUAAAUCAUACAGCGUGCGAGCGGGAUAGCCAGACAAGUUUGGAGUCGGAGCUGGAACCGCGAAUGUUUGAUUAUUUCAAGAUCAGCGACCCGGAUGUACCUGCUAGAAGAGACUAUAGGACACAACCGGUGGAAGAACUCAACACAUCCGAUUCGUCGAUAGAAAGGCCGCAGUCGCAAGGAGUGGAAUCCUCUGCUGCGACCAUCCCAGAGAUGGUAGAAGACGCUUUGGAGAUCAUUAGCCAAGAUGGGGACUACAUGGAGAGGAUAGGCAUGGACGUGCGGGUACAAUGCAUCCUGUGCUCCUGGGCUGGCCCCAGGUUCAUAUUGGAGUAUCACAUUAGGAAGGACCACGCUAGUUUAGUGCUAAAAUCAGAUCAAAGUGAAUGGAGCCUAUCGUUUCCACUCGGUUGUGUGCUGCGGAGCCAAUUCUGGACCAGUCGCGUGGUGGCUUACGACACCACUUUAUACGUGGUCAGCAUCAAGUACGAAGACUUUGGAUGCUAUGUGGCCCUGUCGGUACUAUCAACAGACCCCGCCCCCAAAACGGGAUACCUAACAGUCUACAACAAACUCACAGGGGAACCUCACACCUGGACGGGGGAGAUUCACCCUCUUUCCCCAAACCUUCCCUACUAUACCGAAGCUAGCUGCCUAAAACUGGAUAUAGCCAGAUUAGACCUGAUCCCAAGCAGUGCGAACCUGAAACUGGUGAAUCGGGAGUUGGUGGUAGCGUCACCAAACAAAGUGAUCGUCGGAAGGCCUGACUUGGACGAAAUAUACCUGACGGUUUUUGUGAAAAUUCUGAACACUGUGUAGUGAUAUGUGAAGAUUCUUCGUGUUUUUGUAAGUAACUUUAUUUUUUAAAAUACCAACAUGGUAUUGUGUAAUUAGAAUUACUAAAAAAAUAACAAAGAUAAAAAAAUAAAAAAACACAGGCCUAUUAAGCCUUAUUAAUAACUAGGAAUGCAAAGAACAUUAAGGUUCCUUUCUCAUUCCAUUUUUUUCCGUGUUGAUACAGAAACAUUAAAAUU